AUGGCGGAUCAAGCAUCACUCAUUGAACAAGUCGAUGCCGCACUGUCGAAUGUGCUGGCUGAUUGGAACAUAUACUCUACCCUCUUCGCCGGCCUUCUCGGUGCCUUCGCUCUCUACUCACUUUUUCCUCCCGGGACCCCGACAAACUCUGGCGAAUCCGCAACAUACCGCUGCUUGGAGACUCCAUAUGGCUUCCCGCUUCGGUCUGGACUGAAUGUCAAGGAUCCCGGUACUCCCAAGUAUACCGCUGGUCGACGUGGUGAUCUGCGUGAUAUUUGGAAGGCCGCUGUGCGCGGAUCUUUGAACCCCGAUGGAUCUGCAUCUGGCAAGCAGGGAAAGAUCUUCACCGUGCUCGGCAAGAACUCCAUCGAGCAUUCUCUGUCUCAGCUCACUCAGGAAAUGAACGUGGUAGGAAAGGAGCUGCAGAAGUCUGAUGCCAAAACUGUGGCUGUUUGUCUUACCGACUCUGUUGAGCUGCUAGCGUCUAUCUUUGCUGGCUCCUUCUAUGGAUAUAAGACCGUCAUUGUGCCCCACAACUUGCCUGCGGAGACUCUAUCUGCACACUUACUAGCCUGCAAGGCCGAUGCCCUGAUUGCUGAGGCUGGCUCACUCGACCUGUCUAUCGUCGCCAAGGGUAACAAGCAGCUUGACCUCGUCAUCUGGGUCGCGAAGUAUGGCAACCGCCAUAUGGACUGGCACGAGGUUCCUGAGGAGGUCAAGGGUACUCUGAACGCUCUUGUCUGGCACGAGCUUGUUGAAGAACACAAAGACCUGGCCGGUAUGGAUGUUCCCGAGUACGACCCAACUACUCCAGCUCCUGCUGUAAAUACCGUGUGGCCGUCCUCGUCUACGUCCGGUCGAUUUAUCGAUUUCCAGUCAGAGAACUUGAUUGCUGCUCUCGCAGCCUUGGGCUCUGCGCUCCCUCGUAACCAGCGCUUCACCCCGUCCGAUCUCGUUCUGUCCAUCGACUCCCUCUCUCGCUCAUAUCCCCUGCUUCAGAUCAUGAACGCACUCUACUCCAACGCCUCCAUCGCCCUUAACUCAGUUGCCGGUGAAAAUGUUGAUUUUGCUCUUGCCACCCUCGGAAUCUCCCCUACUGUGAUCAUCGCGUCCUCCCAGACCAUGGCCGAUUAUCAUGAGCGUGUCAUGAAGCCUCAUACUGGACCUAUUUCUUCGCUUGGUCGCUGGGUGCAGGCACGAACCUUGGACGGUGGAAAUAUGCCUUCGAAAAACAUCCUGAGCCAAAUUAGUCGAGUCGGCCCAACCGCCGAAUUAUCCUUGAACGACCUGCGCUUGCUGUGUAUCUCUCACCGUGUCGAUGCCGAUCCCUCUGUUCGCCUCACUUCGGAGCAGCUAACCGAACUCCGCAUCUUCACCGAUGCUCGGAUUGUAUAUGCACUCACUGGGCCUGGCAUCGCGGGUGCCAUUUCUCAAACAAAUAUUUUUGACUACAGAUGUCUUAGUGGACUUGCCCACUUCGGCGCUCCACUGAGUUGUACUGAAAUCACACUGACCAAUGUCUCCGAGAAUGGAGGGUCAGAUGAUUUGCCCGAGGGCCAGCUUACUGUCGCCGGUCCCGCUGUUGUUGAUGGCAAAACUACUUUGCCUACCCGGGUACGAAUCAGCAAUGACAACACUGUGGAAUUGAUUUAA